UGUCUCUCAUUUUAGGUCUUAGAUAUGGUUUCUUUCAUAUUGAAGCUUCUCACCAUUCUUACCAAAAUAUUCAUGAAACUCCCUCUCUGUUCUCCAUCAAUCAACCUUACAGAACUAGCUUUCAUUUCCAACCUCACCACAAUUGGAUGAACGAUCCUAAUGGACCAAUGAGAUAUAAGGGUGUGUACCACAUGUUCUACCAGCACAACCCAAAAGGAGCUACGUGGGGCAACAUAGCGUGGGGCCACUCUGUGUCGCAUGAUCUCGUGAAUUGGGUUCCACUGCCACUUGCUCUAUCCCCAACCAAAUCUUAUGACAUCAAUGGUUGCUGGUCUGGUUCUGCCACUUUGCUCCAUGGACACAAGCCAGUCUUACUCUACACUGGCCUUGGCCCUAACCAAAACCAGACUCAGAACCUUGCUCUUCCUUUGAACCUCUCUGACCCUUUCCUUAAGCACUGGGUUAGGUCUCAACUUAACCCUCUCAUUGCUCCAACUUCUGGUAAUCAUAUCAAUGCCACCUCUUUUAGGGACCCCACCACUGCUUGGCUUGGUCAUGAUGGUUUGUGGAGGAUCCUAGUAGGGAGUCAAAGGAAGGAUAGGGGAUUAGCACUUCUAUUCAAAAGCAAAGACUUUGUUCAGUGGGUCAAAGCCAAACACCCACUUUACUCAGCCAAACACACUGGAAUGUGGGAGUGUCCUGAUUUCUUCCCGGUCUUCAUUAAUAGUACAUCUGGUGUUGAGACUUCAACACCUCAUGACAAUCAUUUUAGGCUCAAGCAUGUUCUCAAGCUUAGCUUGAUUGAUCUCUCUCAAGAUUAUUAUAUGAUCGGAACUUAUAAUCAAACCCGGGAUAGCUUUAUCCCCGAUAUGGGAUUCGAGGACACGGAAUUAUCCUCGAUCUUCAGGUAUGAUUAUGGCAAGUUUUAUGCCUCAAAAACGUUCUAUGAUGAUGAAAAGAAACGAAGGAUUUUGUGGGGCUGGGUUAAUGAAUCCUCAGUUCGAGAAGAAGAUGUUCAAAAAGGAUGGUCUGGGAUUCAGGGGAUUCCAAGAAGUGUAUGGCUGGAGGAAUCAGGAAAGCAAUUAGUGCAGUGGCCAAUUGAAGAAAUUGAGAAAUUACGAAGCAGAAAGCCUCUCAUAUGGCAUUCUAAAGUGCUUCAACCAGGUGCUCUUCUCCAUCUUCCUGGAAUCACUGCAGCUCAGGCAGAUGUAGAAGUAUCGUUCGAAGUGAAAGAGUUAGCGAAAAAGGCAAAAGAGUGGAAGCAAAGUGGUGGCAAAAUGAGAGAGCCACAAAAGAUGUGUGGAGAAAAAAGAGGAAUAGGACCAUUUGGAUUGCUGGUUUUGGCAUCAAAAGGAUUACAAGAACACACUUCUGUGUUCUUCAGAAUCUUCAAACUCAACAAUGAUGACAAUAAUAACGCCACUAAGUUUGUGGUGGUCAUGUGCAGUGACCAGUCUAGGUCCUCACUGAACCAUAAGAACGAUUUGUCUUCUUAUGCUGCUUUUCUUGAUGUGGACCCUCUUCACCAUAAGCUUUCACUUCGCACUUUGAUUGAUCACUCAGUGGUAGAAAGCUUUGGAGGAAAAGGACAAGUGUGCAUAACAGCAAGAGUAUAUCCCACUUUGGCAAUCAAUGAUGAAGCUCAGUUGUUCGUUUUCAACAAUGCAUCUUCCAAUCUCAAGCUCACAACACUCACUGCUUGGAGUAUGAAGAAAGCACGUGUCAAUUCCGUGAAGAUAUAAUUUAUCUGAAUAAUAGCAGUACUCUUUAUUUUGAUUUGGGCUAUCUAAUUCCAAGUUCAUUCCAACAUGAGUUAAUUUAGGGUAUCACAUAUAUGCUAUAUUUGUAAUUUCAAUUAUAGUAUUGCAAGGGCACGUUAUUUAAUUAAUUAGAAAUCACUCCCGAGAAUGAAUAAUACACACCCAUUAACCAGGUCAAGAAUGGUGAUGAGUACAAUAAGGCCUUCUAAACAUUUAUCUAUGUACCUUAGGGCUUGUUUGGAAUAGGUUAUAAAUAGCUUUUCAAUUAUAAUUUAUGGAAUACCAUGUAAGUAUGUGAGGAAACUUUUGUUUCAGUUUACAUGAAGUGCUUAUAUGUAUUUAGAAUUAGUAGAUGCAAAUAAUGUCACACCUCUCUUUAUAACCCAUUAUAUGUCAAUUGGAACUAUUAUAACGUGUUUCGCA